AUGGAAGUCACCAGCGAUAGCAUAAAGAGCCAGGCAUGGCAUUUGAAAAGCAAGGAGGACGGCGCAGUAGAAAAGCCGUCGGCUUCAAAUUCAAUAUAUUACUCCUCUGUGGCGGCCUCGCUGUCAUCGAUGCUAUUUGGAGUGUCGCUGACCAUAAUGGGCUCGAUGCAUCCGCAAGUCAUGUCUGUGUGGAGCUCAACAAUGAACGAUGCAGAAAUGGAUGCAAAGUGGGGACACACAUCCGGUGCUAUUUUCCUUGGAUGCCUUGUUUCAAACAUCGCAGUAAACAUGUACAAGCCAAACUUCAAGAAGACACUGAAGAUGAACAAUGCCCUGUAUGCACUCGGAUACCUGUGCUUCCUUGUAUCCCAGAGCUUCGUGUCAAUUUUUCUUGGACGAUUUGUGCUAGGGCUUGCAUCGGGAAUAGCAUGUGCUGUUGUUUCGCCCUACAUCUCAAUGAUAGCACCCGAAAAAAACAGAGGAUUUCUACUGUCGUUCCACCCUCUUGGAAUCAUUGUGGGAAUAACGCUUGGAAAUAUUCUUGCAUGUAUAAAUGGGCCGUAUACGUGGUGGAUCCCUUGCUGGAUAGCCAUUAUAAUGGUCUCCCUCAACUUUAUUGGGCUCAAUAACGUACGAGACCCGCGUCUGAGCAGGAACGAGGGCUCUAAGUCCGUAAUAGAUCUCCUUAAGAAGAGAUGCGCAAAGAGAUCGAUAUUCCUUGCUGUUCUUGUGCACAUAUCGCAGCAUCUCAGUGGCGUGGAUUACAUAACUCUCUUCCUCAAAGACCUGCUUUCUAAUGGCAAAUACAUGUAUUCUGCAGAUACCAUGACGAUCCUGGCCUCGCUCUUUUCCGUAUUCACCACAAUGAUAUUUGCAAACUACGUAGACAAAAUCGGACGAAAGCCGCUGAUCAUCAUCAGCUCAAUGGUGAUAAGCAUAUCAACAGCAAUGCUCACAAUGAAGAUAUAUCCAGCAGCAGCAGCGCUUCUGUUCAUGCUGGGAUACAACCUUGGAAUGAGCUCAAUCCCAUGGUUCAUAACUGCAGAGAUCUUCCCGUUGAAUUACUCAAGCCCUGCUGGCCUAUUAGCAGUGUCUUUGAACUGGAUAUCUGCAUAUGGAAUCCUUGCAAUCUUCUAUCCACUGCACAAGGCACAUGGAGAAAUUGUGUUUUCGUUCUACACCGUAUGCAUGCUGGUGUUUAUUGGGUUGAUCAUUUGUUUCUUCAAGGAAACAAGGAACAGAACACCUGAUUUCCAAUAA